AACUCUCGCCAAACUUCACAGUUCUCACGAACGCCGAGAGAAACGCAUCGAUUUCUGUACAGAAUUUAGACGGUUCAUCUCAAGUCAAGGAAAAAUGUCAAAAGUUGAUGAAACCAGACAAAAAUGGAGCGAAACCUUCGACUCCUUUGAUACAUCUGGAAACGGACAAUUAACGAUCCAAGAGUUGAAAGAAGCGCUGAAAGGAAUGGGCGCAAAUCUGUCGGACCAAGAAAUUGUGACCAUUUUUAGUGACAUAGAUGGGGAUGGAAGCAAGUCAAUCUCAAAGGACGAGUUUAUCCGGGAGAUGACAAAGAAGAAUAGGCAAGACGCUUUCCGAGAGUUCUUUGCUGCCAAUGAUACCGACGGUUCCGGGGCGCUGACAGCCGAUGAGAUCCGAAAGUUUGCAUCGGAAGAUUCCGAGGCAUCGGUGGAGGAAAUCCUGGCGCAAUGUGACGCCAACUCAGAUGGAAAAAUCACGUUGGAGGAAUUCCUAAAAGGCAUUGACGGCUAGACGCGGGCCUCUAUGCAAUAAAGUUUAACGCUCAGCUUAAAAAAUCUCACACCAGUUACUUACUUUACUUUGAGAAUAAGCACCAAUUCUAUUUGUCCCGCGUAUGACGCAAUAGCGACCUUUGAUAGUGUUCGAAUCGAAUUCAAUAAAUUACGUAUACUGCCAAGCUGUGAAGAGCAGUUUUCGCUGAAACAAGUGCAUGUAUGAAUAACCAUUUGUUGUUAUUUGUCGCUUUUUUAUGAGAAAUAUUAUUGGUAAAAAACCGAAUUUCGGCGAACUCGAACGCUAAUAAGCGUAAAAUUUCGGAAUUUCAAUAGUAUUCUGUUUCGGAAAGAAAAAGAAAAUGUUCUAAUUUUUUUCUGAUCAUUGUUUUUGUUAACUUUACUUAAAUCAUAAUAAUGUUCUAUAACUAGGACAUUUCUUACAAAUUUUUUGUAUUAUUUACGAUGUACACAAAAUGUAACCAUUAUUAACUGCAACAUUGUAAAAAAAAGCCUCCUUUUUUUCUUAAGUGUAAAGCAUAUUUGAAGCGAUACUAUAUGGACAUUAUAAUUUUUUACAUACUUCUCGUUCUUUAAUAAACAAUUGAAAUUGCUAGCUGUUCCAUUUUGAAAUAAAUUGUAGAAAUAAACAA